GCGUGUCUGCUCUGUUUCUUUCUCCCUGCUGCAGCCGAAACAAAAAAAAAAAAAAGGAAUCAAGCAAGCUGACAGCCAUCCUUUGGGAAAAACCGGUAGAAGCUUGAGAUUUUCCCUCCUUUCUUGCUCAAGAACCAAGUUUCAAGCCUAGGACUCUCUCUCUCAACCCAGAACUUCCGGAUCUGCUGUUUUCUCCCCCCUCUCUGCCGCCGGCUUCAGCUUGUGUGGGUGUGAAAUUUUCGACUUUUUGGCCAUUCCGUGACUCCCCUGCAAUUUUCCCGCCGGCUCCUCCCAAACCCGCCAGCUCCAGCCUUGCUUGCUGAGGAUUUUUGGUAGGUUAGCUCCUCUAAUCUCUGAAAAGUUGGUUGAUUAAGUGCUGGAUUGUGAGUUUAAGUGGUUGUAUGAAAUGGGCUUGGGUUGUCCGAAAAUUCUGUUGAAAUAGUGAGGAUUUCGGCAACUUGAGCAUGGGUUUAGCUGAUGGUUUAUGUAGGAAAUUAGUGGGUGUGGCUGCUGUGGUGGUGUUGUCCGAAAGAAAAAGAGGAAAAUUCUGUGAAUUGGCCAUUUUUUUGUCAAGGCCGGUUCUCCCAAUUCCUGUCCAUGAGUUUGAAAAAUUGUGUCUGCGUAAUUAUGUCCUUGAUUGCCUUGUGAUCCUAGCACUCGGAUUAAGCCUUCUGUCCUGUGCAAUUAAGGUAAGUAAAUUUAUGGUCAUGCCCGUAUAGUUUUUAAAAGUAUGUUUUGAUUUGUUUUUGAAGUGGUAGCGGGACUAAACCCGUUUUACACAAGUAUGAUCUAUUUAAAGUGAAAUUUUUAUGCUUGUCAUUAAAUUGAGCAUGCUUACUUGAAAUUUAAUUGAUUGUCUUGAUGAUUUGAAAGUGAUUGGUGAAUUAUGAUUUUUUGUUAACUUCAGCCUGUUUUGUCUCCGAUGUGGUUAUGUUAUUAGUGACCCUACUAGUGGAGAUUAUACGCUAGCACAUGUUGACUUGUUAGUGAUAGAGCUGGUUCGUUCGAGUGACCCUGUUAGUGGGGAUUAUACACUAGUAAAUAGUGCGCUUGCCAGUGGGUGGUUUAUAACACUGGCCGUGAUCUAUAUAGGAGACAUCUAUUUUGUUCCUGUACCGUAUCCCUUUUUUUUGUGAUUACACUUGUUAGCAUGCUAUGAGUUUAAUAAUGGGCACUCUAUAUUUUACUUACUGAGUUUAUCUCAUAAUUUUCCUUAUCCACCAUUUCAGGUAGUGAGACCCGACACAGGGGGAGCUCGGGAGAGUGACGAGCUAGACGACUAGGCACUUUUGGACUUAGAUUUUUGUAGCUAGGUCGUUAGUCACCAUGCUUGACUUAGAAAUUUUUGUGUACAGAACUUCCUUAGUUUUAGUCAUAAUCGUAUUUAGGAAGUGAUAAAUUUGUACAUCUUGACUGGUAAAUAUUUGGUAAGGUUUAGAUCUGAAUUGUCUGAAUUGUCUGAAUUGCUAAGUAAGAACUCAGUAGAUUUCGAGCCUUGUGCAUUUGUGGGCUCUGCUCACGAGUGCGCGGUGUCUGUCUUGCUUCGGGAUUUGGGGCGUGACAAACAUGUUCAUAAAAUUUAAAGCAUCAU